CGGUUGACGUUGAUGGAGGGUUCGGCGAGGUGCAGCAGACUGUGCAGAUUCAUUUGUUCUAGGAACCAACUACAUGAUUAAAAAUAUAAACUGGCGAGAAUUCGGUCAAUGAACUUUUUUGACUGACGUUGCCAAAUUCCAAGAUGGCAGCCUCCAUGAUCGCUCGUUCUACGAGCGAAUGCUCCGAGGGAAGUGGCACAAAUGACGGUGAAUUACUACAAGAACUUGGGCUGUUAGAGGCAAUUUAUGUACAUGAGUUGGACGUAAAUUACACCGACAGCGGAAUUCCUACUGAGUUGAGCAUUAUCUUGCAUCCAGCUACAGCAGGCAAUCUGGAUCAGCAAUACGUAUGCCUGACACUUAACAUAAAGUUACCCGAACAGUACCCACACAGUCUGCCAGAGAUCACCAUAAGGAACCCACGAGGGGUGUCAGAUGAACACCUUGCUAGUCUUGGUGCCAAGCUGAACCAGAUAGCUUCAGAGAGGCAAGGCGGAGCCAUGCUGUACGAACUCAUUGAGGUUGCCAAGGAGAGCUUGACCGAUAACAACACUCCCAGUUGCCAGUGCGUUAUCUGCUUGCAUGGUUUCACCGAGACGGACGUCUUCACCAAAACGCAGUGUUACCAUUACUUCCACAGUCAGUGCCUGGCCCGCUAUCUCAAGCAUGCUCAAGAAAAUGAAGAGGAGUCCGUCUGUCCGGUAUGUCGCGAGCCUGUGAUCUGCGACCUCGGCCAGCUAGAGGGCGCCCCGCCUCCAAACUCCAUCCAGGAGGUCUAUACCCCCAACCAGGUGUUGCGUGACAUGCAGCGAGAGAUGGCCGCCCUCUAUAGGCGGCAGAAAGAGAAGGGCGGAAUCAUCGACAUUGAGGCUGAGAACAACAAAUUCCUCAUUCAUAUUUCACAGACACCAAGUUUGCCAGCAAAUUUUGGGAUAUCACCAGUCAUAGCACAACCACAGCGGAGUACCGUUUCACAGAAUGACACAAGCUGCAAAGUCCCGCCCACAGAAAGGGAAUCCAGCAAUCAAACUGUAAGUUUUGUGAAACCACUUGCGAAUAAAGACGUUGGCCAAUAUAAAGGGAGUCGGCCAGGGUCGUCCCAAAGGAGUGACUACAAACAAGGUGGGAGGGGCUCAGGGCGUGGUCAGGGGUCAGAUGGCAGAGGUCAAAGACCUUAUUCCUCAGGUGCUAGGAAUUAUUACUCUAGAAACCCAGGCAGUCUUAAAGGUUCAAUGUUUAAUGGGAAAAGUUCAAAUGAAGAAGCGUCAGCAAAGCAUACAGAUAGUGAGAACACAACUGACCAAUCAGAUUCCAAGACUGAAAAUGUAGACGCUGUUGACCAAUCAAAUGCAACAUCAGAAAAUGGUCCUGGAAAAGUAUUGGUUGAAAGGGGAAAUAAGGAUCAGCGCAAUUGGUCGGGGAGACAAAGAAAAACUGGGUCUGAUCGGAGGUUAAAGGGAGAAUAUCAUGGAAAACUUGGAGAAUCUACUGAAUGCUCCAUCAAACCCAACGUAGACAAAACCAAAGAUGAGAAAAUCACCAAAAAUAAUGAAAAAGCAGAGAGUCCUGUGCGAGCAAACAGUGAAAAUAAAUCAAUUAAGAGAAACGCAAAUGUGCAAGAAAUGGAAAAAACGUCUGCCUCGAAGACUGACAUUGACAAGGAAAAAACUGCUGUGGACCGCGACUAUUCAAGGUCAAAAGGCAGAGGUCAAGACAGCAGUCUGGAGUCGGGCCACAGGAGUGACGGAGGCCGUCGUCCGAACCGCAGACCUGCCGGCAGAAGCCACGCCCCCAGAAAGGAGGGAGGAUCUCCGACUGUGGAAUCUGAAAGGAGCAAAGACAGUGCACAGAGAAAACCAGACGAGAACUUGUCCGAAGAGUCCGGUUUCCAUGACAACAAGCAGUACACUGGCAGUGCUAAAACUAGCAACCAUGCUAAAAAUAGCACACCGGGGAACAUCCGUGAGAGGGAGUCGGGACGAACUCGGAACAGAAAUCGAAACAGAAGAAGGGAACCUGGCCAAUUCAAGGACUCGCUUCAGAGUGAUAAUCAGGGUACGGUUCAAGGUGAGAGGUCAAAGUUCAAGGGUGAGAGUGAACCAAACAGGAGAGACCUCAAAGGCAAAGAUACGGACAAGACGAAGAGCGCUGCCACUGUUGAGAUUGGGUCUCGCGAGGGACGACCCAGAUCCGACAAAUCCAAAUUGGAACGAACAGCGCCCCCAGGCUUCGGCGAACCUGCCCAAGCCAAUAAAUCAGACGUGGAACCCAAGUCGGUGAAACCCCCACCAGGAUUCGAGAAUGUCACGUUAUGACACAUGGCCCACACCGUCAGAAGAAUAUUGCCCAAAGUGAGGAACACUUUACCGAGAGUAAAAAUAAAAAAUAAAAAGAACAGUUCUUGCAAAAUAGGUUAGAGCUCAGACAAACAUUAUCAUUAGUUGAAAAAUUCUUUAGAUACCCUCUCGAUUGUCUAAGAUCACUUUCUUCCCCCCCCCCCCAAACUCGCAUGCAUGUACUUUCCCAAAUGCUUCUUGUGACAGUUUUGGUGUUACAAACCGUAACGAUGGCAAUAAUUCAGAAAAAUGUUGUCAGAAAUAUUUUGGGGUAAUAUUUUGCAUCACGGUAAAUUUGUAAACUUUAUAUGUUGAUAUAACUGUCAUCCUCCUGUGCAAUUGUUACAAACUUCAAUGAAUGAUUUAAACCAAUUGGAUUGAAAACAAUUCUAAAUUGUGCAGUAUGUUGUUCGAGUUGGGACAUAAUUUAUUUUGGAGCUGCUAAGAAGAGAAUUUGUUAAACACAGAGUAAGGGUCAUUCUAUAAAUUUAAGGUCCAAGUGUGACAAUUGUUCCUGUCCCUGUUACCUUGGUACUUUGUAUUUUGCCAUUCAAGUAUCAUUAGGAAUGACUUCAAGCUAUUUUUGAUUUGUUGGGUAGGUAGUUUGCUAUUCAUAAUCACUCUUGGAGGACGACUGCAUUAAGGAGUGCUUCAGAAUUAUAAAAUCAAAGAUGUCAGAUGUAACAGGGACAGGAAUAAAAAGUGGACCCCAAUUUUAUAGAACGGCCCACAUAUAUUUGCUCAUCCAACGUAGGUUACCAGCUAAAAUAUAUACGAUCAUACAUGUAGUUGUGACUGGUUCUCGUGUUAUUUUUGUUAAGCUAAAAUGUUUGCUCAGUAAUUUUGUCUGCUUAGGCACUCUAUAAAAUUGGGCACUGAAAAAUAAUUCCUAGGUAUUACCAUAUUGGCUGAAACAAAACAAAAAUGUGAUUAUCUAAUAAGUAUCGAAUAUUAAAUAUAGAAUAGAGAAUAAUGUUCAGUAAAUCUACAAUAUUUUGCAAUUGAUGAAUUGAAUAAAUGUGACAUUCAUGAAGUUAUAAAG